UGCAUCAGUUCUAGUGAGGUAGCACUAGCUAGCAGCCAUGGGUAACAAUGGUGUGUGGUGUGUCCUGUUAGUGGGGCUUCUCCUGGUUGCAUCGGUGGAGGGAGAUGACUGGAGUGCGCAUCUUAAUCUCAAGCCUUCUGCUGGAGAAGCGGGAGGAGUUAUGGUAGCCAAGGGAAGUCUACCUGAUGUCCGGUUCUCCAUCUGCGACGUCUGGUGCGAGGACAGGCGCCCAAACGUCAACCACAGACUCUGCGUCCAAAAUCUGUGCCCCUAUGACAAGACCCCAAAGCGUUUUUCUGCUGGAGAAGUGAGAGGAGCCAUGUUAGCUAAGGGAGGUCUGCCUGCUGUGCGGUUGUCCAUCUGCGACGUCUGGUGCGAGGACGUGCACCCAAACAUGAACCACAGACUCUGCAUCCAGAAUCUGUGCCCCUAUGACAAGACCCCUAGGGUAAAGCUCACCUCCAACGACCUACUGUCUGCGUGAGGCUGACCCCGUAGACUGCUACAACUCCAAGUGCGUUUGACCAUCUCGCCCGGGAAUCCAAGUACAGGAAGACGCAACAAUUCACCAAACCUAGGCGGCCACUGUUUCCGUUUUCUAGCUAGACGAAGAAGAAGAAGAGAACUCCAAAAUAAGUUCAUGUUUUUUUCCAACCACUGUUUCCGUUUUCAGUCAUCAUGUAGUGGUACGUAUCCAUGCAUGUUGUUGUUGGCCACUAGGCCCAGUGUGUUUAGCUAAAUGAUUUGUAAUAAGGAGACUCGAAUAAAGGGAGUGUUUCUAACGCUUC